AUGGAGUUUCUUGAUAGGCUUGAUGUGGUUGAGAGAUACGCGGAGGUGUCUGUUCAUCGCACGUUCCGAGACCGAACGUCCCCAUACGACAACUUGAGCGACGAAGAAUUUCGCAAGGAUUACCGCUUCUCUAAACACGUGUUCUUCGAUAUCUGUAGCAUGAUGCAGGAUGAACUCCAAAGACGGCAGGGAAGAGGGAUAGAUCUGACAGUGGCUGAUCAAGUGGCCAUCAGUAUACACUUGCUCGGCAGAAAUGUGAUGCAGAGCGACUCUGCAAGGAUUGCGGGGUGUCAUCAAAGCACCGUGUCUCGGGUGCUUUUCACUUUUGUGCGGGCUUUAAAUAGAAGGGCAGCUCGGUACAUACACUGGCCGACCGAAGUGGAGAAGGCCAGAAUCAGGCAACAGUUCUACCGCCGCUUUGGCGUACCGGGAGUGACUGGCGUCAUCGAUGGCACCCACUGUCGAAUUCAGCGACCCACGGAAGGAGAAGAAGACUACGUAAAUAGGAAAGGAUACCACAGCCUCAAUGUGGGCGUCGUGGUUGAUUACGACCUGAAAGUGAGAUGGGUAAAUUCCAUGUGGCCGGGAUCUGCGCACGACUCCCGGGUGUUCACGACGUCAGCUUUGUACGACCAGCUGAGAAGAGGAGAGCUUCAGGGAACUCUCUUGGGGGAUUCGGCGUAUCGUGCGGAGACGUUUCUGCUCAAACCAUUGGACAAUCCGAGCACCCGUCAAGAGCAGCGGCACAACAGAGCCGUGUGUGCCGCACGCGCCAAAGUCGAGCAGGCAUUUGGAGUACUAAAGAGGCAAUUUCAUAUUUUACACGGCGAAUGCAGGUACUCUCCCGAGAAGGCAGCUCAGAUAGUGGUAGCGUGCUGUGUGCUCCGCAAUAUAGCGAUAGAUGCAAGAGAACCUAUCGACUAUGAUGAGUACACAGGGGAGGAUCGGCAAGAUGGUGAGGUUCCUUCCGAGCCAUCCACUGAGAUGACUCAUAGGAGCGCUACAGCUUUUAUGCGAGACAUAAUUGCA